CCGCAGAAGAAGUCGGUUGCCUAGCGACCAACGAAGGUGUAGCGUCAGCUAGCCAGCUAGCAGGACGGCUAACACACGGGUUAUGUGGCUCAAAACAGCUCAUACAUGGCACCAAAAAGAAGAGGAGCUCUGCAGCUUGUCCAGAGAGAAGUGGAAGAAAUAAACAGACAGACUGAGAGUCUGGUGAAGGAUGUGCAGAAUCAGGUUGGAUCCACUGAAGAAGCAUUUCGACGAUGUCAGGAACUGCAGAUGUCAUCAGAGGAGACAUUAAGGAAACUGAAGAAACUUACAAAGGCUGAUGAACUGGCUCCUGUCGGGAACUACGAUCAGAGAAAACAAGAAGAGGAGAGAAGGCUUCAGAGCAUCUUGGAGCGUCUGAACUCACUGUCUCUGGAGCUUUCACCGCCCGGACCCAGCUCUGCUGCAGGUAAUGUCUCAAAGGAAGACAGUGAUGAUGGCUCUGAUGAAGAUGAAGACAGUGAUGAUGACGAUGAUGGUGGUACUGAUGGUGAGGAUGAGGACAGAGCAGUGAAGCCGCCUUCUCAGUCAGACCCUCGCAUCUACACGGUCCUCAGUGACUUCAGAGGGGAGCAGGAAGGAGACCUGUCUGUUCGGAGAGGGGAGGUGUUAAGGAUUAUCAGGAAGACGGCAGAUGGAUGGUGGCUGGCUCAGGACACUAAAGGCAGCAGAGGGCUGGUUCCACGGACCUACCUGAAGAUUGGCUCUGGUGUCGAUGACGACAACGAUGAGGAUGAAGAUGAUGGUGACGAUGAUGAAAAUGAGGAGUCAGAGGAGGAAGAGGAGCAGGUUGAAGAACUAACUGAAGACCGAGACAAACAGAGAAGCAGCUCACACGCCAACUGGUCCACGGUCCGAAAGGCUCUGACUGAGAUUGAUGCAACAGAUGUGCUGUCCGCCAUGGGGGUGAUUCCUGCAGGAUUCAGACCGUCAACUCUGAAUAAACUGCUGGUGGAGGAAGGUGGAACAUACAGAGGAAGUCACUACAUUCAGCCUGAGCUCAGCCAAUCACAGCUCUCCUUUAAAGACCUCUUCCUGGACCCAGACACCGGCAGGGUUCGCUCUCGCCAGGUCAGGACUUGUGUUUGCUUCACUCUGUGGGGCUGCAGGAUGAUUCCUACUCCUGGAGUUGGAGUUCAGGUCCUCAGCAGACACAUCCGCCUCUGUGCCUUUGAUGGAGCUCAGGUGUUGAGUAACAUCCACACAGUGAGGGCAGCCUACAACUCCAAGAGCCCCAAGACCUGGAGCUUCUCUCCGAGGAUGACGGGUAUCCUGCCCACGCUCCUGGACGGAGAGUGUUUCCUGCGCUGCGACUCUACGGCUCCAAACCUCGGCAUCCUCUUCGAGCUCGGAGUCACUUUUAUACGAAAUUCUACAGGUGAGAGAGGAGACCUGAGCUGUGGCUGGGCUUUCCUCAAACUGACCGAUGAUGCUGGAAAUCCACUCCCUAACAGGACCUAUGAGCUGCCAGUGAGCGGUGGAACUCCGUAUGAGACGGACGUAGCCGUGGAGGCCUCAGCCCAGAAAGGAUCUCCAGGCGGUGUUUUCCAGCAGAUGCUCCAGGCCAGACGGCAGCCCAAACUGAUCGUGAAGCUGAAAUCGACCAACAGCCGGACGAGAACGCAGCUCAGCGUCCUUCCAGACACUCUGCUGCACUCUCUGAGCUGCGUCCACCUGCUGGCUCUGCACAGGCAGCUGCUGGCCGACACGCUGCUGAUGGACAGACCCACCAUGCAGGACGCAGAUCUCAUAUGCAGUCCUGUACUUUCAACCUUCCCUGUGCUGUUGGACCAGACAGACCUGCUGGAUGCUCUCAGGAGCGCCUGGCUGGAGGCUGAGACCAGCAUGAGCAGAGCGCAGAAGAGAGACUUGUCCUAUCUGAAGCAGGAGUUUAUUAAAGUCUACAUGUCGUCCGUCUACUUCCUCCUCCACUCGCCGUCGCUGCCCCGCCACCGCUGGGCCGAUCCUUCGUCAGAGGAGCAGCGAGCCAGAGUGGUCUACGCCACCCUGGAAACUCUGAAACACCUGCAGCGCUCCACCGGCCAAUCAGGACGUCCGGAGGUCUUUGUGGACCAAACACACUCACAUCUGGCCUUUGAUAUCUCAGAGCUGAGCUUCGACCUGCUCCGUGUGGCUCGGUAAACGAAACAAAAAAAUGCAAUGUAAAUUUCCAACGAAAAUUUUGGGGGAGCACAGGGGGUGGCCAAUCAGAUCACAGGGGGGGCCACUGCCCCCCGAGCCCCCCACAGAAGAGCUGUCACUGCUUUUAAAUGAAUAAUUAUCAUGAUGAUGUCAAAAAAUCAAUACUGAUUUUGAUCGUAAGAAGAAUAAAAUGUUCAGUGUGCUGUAAAUAUAUCUGAUAUGGCUGAUAAUAAUCUGUGUUUUUAUCAUUAAAAUAGCAGAUACUAGUGUCAAUUUACAUGCUCACAUUUUUUCUUAAAAAACAAACAAACAAAUGUAAAUAACGUCCACAACAACAAUCUAUACUUAUACAAAUAGUAAUUUGUUCCUUUGUCGCGUUUGACUCUUAAAUAAUACAAUGUUUCUAUUUAAAUCAGAAAAAUAAAUCAUUAUUGUACAGACAUUGUUCAGUUCACUCUCUGUGGUGACACUGCACAUGUGCAUUAGUACAUCAGGAAAAUAAAACUAGUUUUGCUGUCA